AUGUCAAUUAUUAAUAUUUGGUGUCUGGAACGUGGAAGUAGUUGCAGUUCAGCUUUUUAUGUUACCGUUAAAAGUAAUAGCAAUAUUUUUGAUCUCAAGAAAGCCAUCUUCAGAGAAAUCAGUGUUUCUUACAAUAUAAAACCCAAGGACCUUAAUUUAUGGAAAGUCGAUUUUAACCAAAAUCUAUCGGAGAAUGUUCCUUUUGACCGUAUAUUAAAAGAUGAAAUGAAGAUAAAAAAUGCUACAAGUUUGAUUAGAGAUAUUUUUUAUGGUGUUGAAGGAAACAACAUUCGAAUUAUUUUUGAAGCACCCGCUAUUACCAGCGCCGUUAUAUGUGCUAACAUUCUCGCUGGAGGCCAUCUAUUGGAAGGAUGGUACAAACCUUCCGAAAUGUAUUCUGAUGUAAACGUGACUACAAUGAGAUAUUUUGGCUAUCGCUAUGAAUAUGAUGGAUUUGGAUGUUCAUAUUCAG